AACAGACCCUAACACUUGACGGAACUUACCGAGGAUUUCCGACUAUUUCCGAAGAGCUGCGCUCGUAAAUCUUCGGGUCCUCCAUAUGAUACUCAUUGUGAGAGGGACAAGCUGUGUGGCCGGUGGGGCGCAAGACGUUCUGGCACCGUUACAUCUUACUUCUUACCCCCAGCGUCUUGGGUUCCACUCAAGAAGACUUUAAGGAUGUCUUACUGAGAAGACAGCUGUCUCCUUGAGGAGUUCUCCAACAAAACUUACUGCCUGAUGCAGCUGGGAACGUCUUGGAGAAGUUGAAGCCAAGGUCAUAACUUUGUCAAGGUUUAUCUCCACCAUGUGAUGGUCUCCUCCUGUUCAAGGUCAUCCCAAGGACACUGCCAGCCCCCUGUCCCAGUCGGAAGUGAGUGGUUCUAGAACGUCCGUCACCAUGACGACUUGUGCACAGCGAUGACUUUACCAGCUCUAACGAGGUCGGAGUUCAACCACAGUAUUGCAGGGAAAGAAGGGACCAACGGGAAGAACUGGCCAGACAGCCAACAGUUCCCAAACGUGUUCUGUACAUUGUGGGCAUUGGAUCUCGUUCCAGAUAAAAUUUUCAGAUCUCACAGGUACUAACUAGAUCUCAGUCUGUCAGAGGAUCAUCCUUGGAUCAGUGGGAUCAUCAGAUCUGGAUCCAAGUACCUAUUAAUAAUGCUCUGACUGUGAGAGGACUGGACUGCCACAGACUAUUCCCUCCAAACAUCUUCUGUUGCAAACAUUGGAGCAGACCUGCCCAACCUUUAGGAUUUUCAAUCGCACGGAUCCCCUGGAUCAAACAGAGGAUCAUCCUUGGAUCUGCAGGAUUAUCAGAUCAGGAUCUAACUUCCCUAUAAUGCUCUGACGGUGUGAAACAAACAGACGACUUCACAUCCAUUCCAGACAAGCUGUGUUGCCUACAACAGCAAAAUUGCCUCACUUCAAGGUGCUCCAUUUUGAAGACAUUUUCUAGACGUCUCAGGGAAUUCUUAAGAAACCAUGCCGGGACUCUCGACUCUGGGAAGCGAUCCAGGUUUACAGCGGUUACUGCAGUCCCUGACCCAUGUGCAGGGGAAGGUCGAAGGUCAACAGAAUGACUUCUCGUUCCUCAACACCCUGUUCCAGAGCAGGGACUUCGAGGCCCUCCUUAAGGUUCACAGCAUUGUGUCAGCACAUAUGGAGCAGGACCCCAGCCCAGUCAUGUACACAGCCGCCGCGCUCUCGCUCGAUAUUUCUGAAGAACUCCGCUUCAUGAUGCCGACUCCAGAGAACUUGGAGCUCCUCAGAUUACUGAACAGUCCCCACAUCAGGGCUCUCCUGUCUUCCCACGACCGGGUGGCCAAUAAGGAGUUCUCCCCGCGUCUUCCAGAAGUCGAGUCCGACUUUGAGGAGGAGGAUCAGUCUCUCAAGGUCGUUCAACUGGUCAAGAAUGAGGAACCACUGGGAGCCACGAUACGGCUGGAGGAGAAAACGGGUCAGAUCUUCAUCGCCAGGGUGAUGAUUGGCGGCGCUGCAGACCGCAGUGGCCUCAUGGCGGUCGGCGACGAGAUCUGGGAGGUGAACGGGAUCUCAGUUCGCGGGAAAACGCCGGACGAAGUCGUUCAGAUUCUGAGUAACGCGGUGGGAACGAUCACGUUCAAACUGGUGCCGGCAGACCUGGACCUCAGGCCUCCCAAGGACAGCAAGGUGCGUAUGAAGGCGCACUUCGACUACGACCCUUUCGAGGAUAAGAACAUCCCGUGUCGGGAGGCGGGCCUUCCGUUCCAGCGCGGGGACGUCCUGCACAUCGUGAACAUGGAGGAUCCGAACUGGUGGCAGGCGCGCCGCGAGGGCGACCGGAACUGUCGCGCCGGGCUGAUACCGGGCAGGCUCCUACAAGAGAGAAGAGAAGCAGUGCGGCAGGGGCGCACGGCUAACGGCGGGGUUCACAGGGACAAGCCAAGCAAAUCUCCCCAGAAGUCGCGGUGGGGAUCAUUCCGCAGCAGCAAGAAGAAUGCGAAGACACGGAAAGUGAUGUACCAGGCUCACCAGAACGAUGAAUACGACACCAGAGAAAUCCUGACCUAUGAGGAGGUGGUUAAGGUUCUGCCCAGACCUGGCCGGCCUAGACCGGUCGUUCUGAUUGGUCCGCCGGGGGUUGGGAGAAACGAGCUGAAACGGAGGCUGAUCGCCAGCGACCCCGACAUGUAUCGGAGCACUGUGCCUCACAUGGCGUAUGACACGACGAGACAGAGGAAGAACGUGGAGAUUGAUGGAAAGGAUUACCACUAUGUCUCCCGACAAGUCAUGGAGGCAGAGAUUCAGAACAACAAGCUGAUCGAGUAUGGUGAAUACCGCGGGAACUUGUAUGGGACGCACAUCGACUCUGUGCGCGCCGUGGUGCAGGCAGGCCGGGUCUGUGUGCUCUGUGUCCAGCCUCAGGCCCUGAAGCUGCUGAAGACCUCUGACCUCCAACCCUGUGUCAUCUAUGUGAAACCCCCGCCGCUGGACCGGCUACGAGAGACAAGGACGGCCGCCAACGCCAAGUCAACCCACGACCCCUCAUCCUCACGAACAUUCUCGGAGGAGGAGCUACAGGAGAUGAUCAUCAGCGGAAAAAUCGUGGAGGGUUUGUUCGGACACUACUUCGACUUCAUCCUAACCAACGACAGCCUGCAGCAGGCCUACAGCGACCUCAUGAACAUCUGUCACAUGAUCCAGACAGAGCCGCAGUGGGUCCCCGCCGCCUGGGUCAGAUAGGUCAAGGGUCACAGGUCAACACCUGACCCAGGCAGCCAGGGUCAAAUAGGUCAAACCUAACCCAGGCAAUCUCACAUUGGACUGUGUCACAUGGUCUGGACUGGCAAUCAGGGUCGAGCAAUCGGGUUAUCGGUCAAAACCUGCCCUAUUAACUAUAGAUUUGAUAGGUCAUAGUGUAGAGGUCACAGACAGGUCAGGAUCUGUCAUUUGGCCCAGAUUGACCGAAAAAGUGAAGAAGUCAACUCUAACUUGCCUUAUUACCCAGGUAGCCUCACAAGAUGUCUUUACUUACUCCAAAAAGGUGACAGUUAAGAGGUCACAGGUCACUACUUGUGAU